AGCGACAAAAUGGCAGCCGGAGGGAACAAAACAAAGAGCAGGGCAGGCUGAGGAAAGUGACAGCAUAGAACAUCAGCUUGCACGAACAUCAAGAAGAACAGGAUCAGAAACAGGACUUCAAAGAGGAAGAGGGCCAGCAGGGAGAGGAAAGGAGCUCUGCUGCUUCAUCAGCGUUAGCUUGCUACACUGUGUGAUCCAUUCAACAAACACUUGCCAGUUGCAACUUGAACGGAGUCAAGUAGACUGAGGGCAAGCAGCAGGACAAAGAGGAUAAGACAAAUAUCAACAACCACUGGUUCUAGCUCGAGCAGGUUCAACCGCACUCUUGUCCUUCUCCACAGCGCUGGUUCGCGGUACAUCAAUGCUGCAACAACUCAAGGCGACCUUCAAGGAGGCGCUCAAGGAGGGGGUGAAGGAGGCUGGACGACAAGUCCGAGCCACCGUUGAGAGGCAGCGUGACCUCCAGCCGUCACGGAGCGAAGACAUCCCGACAUGCGACGAGUCCAACGGGAAACUGAGAGAGAAGUUCGCCGAGCUCGAGCUCACCAUCAUCGAGGGUAGGGACCUUCCAGCAAGCACAUGGGAGAACGCAGGCACUCUUGGCCUGCUCGACUCGUACUGCGUCGUCAAAGUGGAAGGAGCGAGGAGAUCGACCGCCGUGUCAGUGUCCAAAAGACAAGUCAACCCUGAGUGGAACGUGCGGAUGAAGUUUAGCAUAACAGAUCUGUCAACAGAUAUUGUCAUCCAGGUCUACAGCAUCAGCUCCUCUGGGGCAUUCGAGAACACGAAACUGAUUGGGCAGUG